ACUGAUAAGCGUGAAGCGGUUGAUUAUUUUUUUUGCAAAAAUUCACGUGUAUCUUGUAGUUUUUCGUACUUUUGAUCGAUUUUAUAGAUUUAUUAUUUAUUACUUAAUAAUUUUUAACAUGUUUUACUCAAGUGUAGUUUAAGAAAGCACCCACAACAAUGUUAACUUCAAAAAUAUUCUUGAAGAAGACCAAACGAGGGAACAUUUUGAAAAUCGUUCGCGAACAUUACUUGAGAGAUGACAUAGGUUGUGGUUCAUUCGCUUGCGAUCAGUGCCUUGAAAUCAACGAAUUCGCCAACUUGGAAGAAAAACCACCGAUAAAUGUUAGCAAAGCUUACAGAAAUCCUCAUUAUCUGGUUGUAGACACGAAUGUGGUUCUUCAUCAGAUCGACGUCUUAGAAGCGGACGUACUACACAACAUAAUCAUCCUACAAACCGUUCUGGAGGAAGUUAAACAUCGUAGCAGUACUAUUUAUAAACGUUUGAAAGAUCUUAUUUCAAAUACCAAUAGAAAAUUCUACGUGUUUGUGAACGAACAUCAUAAGGAUACAUACAUCGAACGAGAACCUGGCGAAAGUGCCAAUGAUCGAAAUGAUAGAGCCAUUAGAGUAGCUGCUUUAUGGUACGAUAAACAUUUGAAAGAAAUUAAUCCAGAUAUUUCUCACAAGAAGAGACUUCGUGUUGUUUUACUCACCGAUGAUGCUGCGAAUAAAGAAAAAGCCACGAAGGAAGGACUCUUCGCUGCUUCCAUCGAAGAUUAUGUCAACUGUCUUCACGAUUCCAAAGGAGUUGAAGAUAAGAUCUCCAAAGCGGAUUGUUCGUUCGAUGACACUUCAAAAGAACUGUUUCCAUGCCAUUUGACACCAGUUCAGAUCCACGAUGGUAUUAAAUCAGGGAAACUUUUACAAGGCUCCUUUCAAGCUUCCAGAGAUAAUUUUCUCGAAGGGCAAGUUAACGUUGAAAGUUUCGAAAAACCUAUUCUAGUUCAGGGUCAUUCUGGAUUAAAUCGUGCUGUUGAUGGUGAUACAGUAGCUGUCGAAUUGUUGCCAAAAGAACAAUGGUCAGCUCCUUCAGAAAUUGUUUUGGAUGAUAAUGCUACCGUAGAUAAUGAUAACGAAUUAUCGGAAAUCGAAAUAAAACCAGCGGAACUGAAAGAAACCACGCCGACUGGGAAAGUUGUCGGUAUUAUUAGACGAAAGUGGAGACAAUAUUGCGGUAUUCUUCAAGAGAGCACAAUGCCUAAUUCGGUAAGGCACAUAUUUGUCCCAGCUGAACGAAAAAUUCCUAAAAUACGAAUAGAAACUAGACAAGCAGCUACUUUAAUGUCUCAACGUAUCAUAGUUGCCAUCGAUUCGUGGUCUCGUUAUUCUAGAUAUCCUUCGGGUCAUUUCGUCAGAGCCUUAGGUAAAAUAGGCGACAAAGCAACUGAAAAUGAAGUAUUACUUUUGGAACACGAUGUUCCUCAUAGUGAUUUCUCUGACAAAGUAAAAAGUUGUCUUCCAAAAUUACCGUGGAUUAUUACCGAUGAUGAUGUAGCCAAACGAGAAGAUCUUCGUCAUAUUGAUAUUUGCUCUGUAGAUCCUCCCGGAUGUACUGAUAUCGACGAUGCUCUGCAUUGCAAACUGCUAGAUAAUGGCAAUUACGAAGUCGGUGUCCAUAUCGCUGAUGUUUCGCAUUUCAUUCGACCUGGUACAGCUAUAGACGAGGAAGCUGCUCUUCGAGCUACUACAGUUUACCUAGUUGAUAAACGUAUCGAUAUGGUACCCGAAUUACUCAGCUCAAACUUAUGUUCGUUACGCGGUAACGAGGAAAGAUUCGCGUUCUCUUGCAUUUGGGAGAUAACCGAUAAAGCUGAAAUCGUCAAGACGCGAUUUUGCAAGAGUAUCAUCCGGUCAAAAGCUGCGUUCACUUACGAAGAAGCUCAACUGAUUAUCGACGAUGCUUCAAAGAAUGAUUCGAUAGCGAAAUCCUUACGAGGAUUAAAUAAGUUGGCGAAAAUUUUGAAAAGAAGAAGAAUCGACAACGGAGCGCUGGUUCUGGCGUCGCCCGAGAUAAGAUUCUACAUCGAUAGCGAAACUCACGAUCCUAUCGAAGUUCAAGCGAAGAAAAUCCGAGAGACUAAUUCGAUGGUUGAAGAGUUCAUGUUAUUAGCCAACGUAUCCGUAGCUGAAAAAAUUUAUCUAGAAUUCCCAGAGUACGCUGUCUUACGUCGUCAUCCUACUCCUCCUAUAUCGAAUUUCGAUCCUUUGAUCAAAGUCGCCAGUCAACUUGGUUUCGAAAUGAAUAUAUCGAGCAAUAAGGAACUAGCUCAAUCGUUGGAUUUGGCUGUUAAAAAAGAUAAUCCCUACUUCAAUACGAUGCUUCGUAUUUUAGCUACGAGGUGUAUGUUACAAGCUGUUUAUUUCAGUAGUGGUGUGGUCACCAAGGAAGAUUUUUACCAUUAUGGUUUAGCUGCUCCAAUUUAUACUCAUUUUACGUCUCCUAUUCGAAGAUACGCCGAUAUUUUAGUUCAUAGAUUAUUGGCAGCAUGUAUAGGAGCAGAUCAAACGUACCCGAACUUAUUGAAUAAACGUAAAAUCAGCGAAAUAUGUAAUAAUUUGAACUAUCGUAAUCGUAUGGCUCAAUAUGCCGGCCGGGCAUCUGUAGCUCUACACACCCAUAUAUUUUUCCGAGAGAAAAUUCAAGACGAAGAAGGCUAUAUUCUUUAUGUUAAAAAGAACGCUCUUCAAAUUCUAAUACCCAAGUAUGGUCUAGAAGGUACUUUGUAUUUGACUCCUCCCAAAGGUGUUGAACAAGAAGUAACUUUCACGUAUAACGACGAAAACCACACCCAGACGUACAAAGAUAUCGUUUUCCAUAUGUUUGAUCCUGUGACCGUUCAAUUGAGCUUGGAUCGAAGCAACGUUCAGCACGAAAAAUUAGUAUUCAAAUUGGUGAAACCUUACAUACCCAAGUUCAGCGUCCCUUCUGCAGGUCAAACUGAACUUAUGGAAGUGGAUGAACCUAAACCGUGUGAGAAGAGAAAAGAAGAGCCGGAAUCAGGAGAACAAGUCAAGGAAGCAAAUCGUAAACGCAAGAAGAAAAAGAAAUAAAUCAUGUUUUCUGUUUUCAUAUUAACGACGUUUUCAAUUUCUCGAUUCUAAUUGUACAUUUUUUGAUACCUAUUAUAUUGUUGAGAGUGAAUGAAA